GCGUCGGUUACUGGUAGUGGCCUUAGGAUGUUACUCUGUUUUCGGCUUACUCUGUUUUUCAAUUUCAUGCAUAUGGUCUGCUAUUUAAGCAGCCGUGGAUUAUCAAUGAAGGAGAGAAAAUUAUUCCAGUUAAACUGUGGUACAUCCUCACCCGAAGAGGAUAUUUUCGUGAGUGUUUUUUAUUUACUUCUACAUGAGACGUACCAUUGGUAUCAAAGCCAGGUAUCUUAUGGGAACCAACAAGGAGCAAAUGGGGCACUUGGAGUCUGGGCUCGGUGUUGCUCGCUAAUCCGAAGUCCUCAAGUCAUGGCAAUCACCACCGAGAACACCAAGAUGGAGGCCGACAGAUGGUCUCGUCCAAAUCAGCCAAUCUAG